CCCCAAGUGACAUUAGUUUAUUUAGGUUAUGUUCAGAAUUUUAGCGGUUUUUUCACUGAAUUAUUGGGUCGGACCAAAUGGCUGCUUUGGAAUAUUCCGAAAAUUACGCCCGCAUGGGUGUAUUCACCAACAAGGUUCACAAUUGCAAAAUUUGUCCGUUCUUUUCCACAUCACUGUUCCUAAUAGUAAACCACGUGAGAAGCCACCGUUCACCGUUAACUCAUUUCAGCUGCGAAAAAUCCAACAUUGAAGUAUACUUUUGCAAGGACUGCAACUUCCAGACCGACCUAACGUUACUUAUGAGAAAACACAUCGAAAAAUACCACAGCCCUCACACACAAAACGUAUGCAACUCGCAAGAGGAACAGAAAAUUUGGAGUUAUUUUUGCGAACAAUGUGAUUUUGAAACGUAUUUUUUAUUGACGUGGGUGCAACAUAGUCGGGUGUGCCCAGGACCCAAAAAAAAAUUGCAAUUCAGUUGCGCAGUUGCACAAACCACCCAUUCUGGAGUGGAUGGUUUGUGUCCAGUUUCAAAAACUAACGCAAAACCAGAAAUAGAAAUCAAGGAGACACACCCGGAUUUAAGUGAAGAUUGUAUUGUAAAAUGUUAUAAAUGCAACAAGUGUUUGUUCAAGACAUUCAGCAAGGUUCAUUUGAAAAAACACAUGGUUACCACCCAUACCAGUGAAAAUCAUACUGAAUGGCAUCGGUGUGACAAGUGUCCAUUCAAAGCCGAAUUUUUGGACUUUUUAAAUAGACAUAUAAGUGAAAAACACAAAAUUAAAGCAGACGCAAUAUGUAAGUGUGUCCAAUGUUCAUACACAACUACACAACAAAAUAAUUUGAUUAGUCACAUCAUGAACGUGCACCAACGCAACCAGAUUACGCAAUUUCAGUGCUACCACUGUUCAUACAAAGUAACUAGAAAGCAUCUUCUGAUACGUCACAUUGUGCGGUUGCACCGAGGGUUGCGCCAACGCGACCAGAGGACGAAGUUUCAGUGUUACCAAUGUCUGUACAAAACAACAAGAAAAGGUAGUUUGAGGAAUCACCUCAGGAACAGGCACUAACGCGACCAGAUUAAGCAAUUGCAUAGUUACCAAUGUCCGUACAAAGCAACAAAAAACUCCCGAAGUACAGACAAUAAAAAAAAUACAAAUAUAGAUUUUAGUUGUUAAACCAUAGGUCAUAUUCCAAAGAGUGCCUUCCCUAACGUCUUCCAAUAGUGCUAGCAUCUGAUAAACGACGAAUUCUAAUGACACAAGUGACCUUGAGGUAACAAUUUUAUUUAAAUUGUAUUAGCCAUUUCGUGUUAAGUUUUACAUAAACCAGUGGACAUUUGAAUAAAUAAUUAAUGAAAAUGUUUAAA